UGGUUGCAACACUCCCGAAGAAGUCAGUGGCUGAAAAUGUGAGACAUACAAGAGCAAUAUUUGCUGAGUAAAUGUUUGUGCAUUAAUUCCUAAAUGCAAAUUUUUUUAGUUUUCAAUUAAUGCUGUGAAUCUGCAAAAUGGUGAUAAUUAUAUGGAAUUAACCCUUGUUCUCACUGAUUCAAAUUUCAAAUUUCUUCAUGCCUGGAAAAGCUCGUCGCUACAAAGUGUUCAACGAAAACGAUGAUUUUGUGCAAAGACCCCUCCUGUUAUGCAUGGAUAAUCCUGAUCCACCAUCACCUGCUCUCAAAAGAACAGGCAAAUACAGUAUGGAUGAACAAAAACCAUCAUCCUCUGUGAGUGAAGAAACAAAUUUAAAGGAAAAAGUAAUUGAUACCUAUUUUCAAGAAAGAAUUGCCAUCCCUGAAAGUGAUAAUUAUAGAUUCAGCUUUAGGAAAUUAUGGGCUUUCACAGGACCUGGAUUUUUGAUGAGCAUUGCAUAUUUAGACCCAGGAAAUAUAGAAUCAGAUCUGCAGUCUGGUGCAGUUGCAGGUUUUAAAUUAUUGUGGAUUCUUAUGUGGGCAACAUUCUUGGGUCUUUUAAUGCAGCGCCUGGCAGCUAGACUUGGUGUUGUGACUGGUUUACAUCUUGCAGAAGUUUGCCAUCGAAGGUUUCCUGCCGUCCCACGUUAUUUAUUAUGGAUUAUGGUUGAAAUUGCUAUUAUUGGCUCUGAUAUGCAAGAAGUUAUUGGAACUGCUAUUGCCUUCUUCUUGCUUUCAAAUGGAAGGAUACCACUCUAUGCUGGUGUUUUAAUAACUAUUGCUGAUACAUUUACAUUUCUAUUUCUGGAUAAAUAUGGCUUAAGAAAACUAGAAACAUUUUUUGGUUUCCUCAUAUCAAUAAUGGCUAUUACAUUUGGUUAUGAGUAUUUUACGGCUAUGCCAGACCAAGGAGAAGUUGUAAAAGGUCUUUUUGUGCCAUGGUGUUCACAUUGUGAUAAUAAAGCUCUUUUGCAAGCAGUUGGUAUUAUAGGAGCAGUUAUUAUGCCACACAAUUUAUACCUUCAUUCUGCUCUUGUAAAAUCUAGAGAUGUUGACAGAAAGUGCAAAGAAAAAGUCAGAGAAGCUAAUAUGUAUUUCUUCAUUGAAUCUGCAGUAGCUUUGUUUGUUUCUCUCAUUAUAAAUAUUUUUGUUGUUGCUGUGUUUGCAGAAGGACUUUUUGGGCAGACCAAUGCAGAUGUUGUGAGUAUUUCUGUUAACACUUUUUCAGAGCUAUGUUCCAAUGAAUAAAACUUAAUUUUAAUU